ACCUACAAAUUAUUAAAGUAACGCGUCAUCGCCAUUGAAGCUUUUAAAAAACAAACGAACCCGUAAUUAUUGAAAACACAGAAGAAAAAAUGUCAGGCGUUACUAAUACACCGCAAGAGGAAGACAAGAAACCCAACGAUCAAUCUGCUCACAUCAACCUUAAAGUCAAGGGCCAGGAUGGGAAUGAGGUUUUCUUCAGGAUCAAAAGAAGCACCCAACUGAAGAAGCUUAUGAAUGCAUAUUGUGAUAGACAAUCUGUGGAGCUUAACUCAAUUGCCUUCUUGUUUGAUGGUCGGCGUCUCAGAGCAGAGCAAACCCCUGAUGAGCUGGAAAUGGAAGAUGGUGAUGAAAUUGAUGCCAUGCUGCACCAAACCGGUGGCACAAAUACUUUAAAGAUGUAAUGUUAUCUGUUAGAGCAGGCUAUCUAUAUUUACUGCAGAACUAUUUUGUGGAUAUUUAAGUUAUUGGAGAUGUGUAACAAAGUUCCUUGUGUUGGUCAGUCGUGUUGCUUUUUAAGUGUUUAGCUUUGUAUUCGAGAGCUCCGACAGUCACUGUUCUUAUAUAGAAUCCGUCGUAAGCUUAUGUCGAAUUAUGUUUUAUUGCCCUCUCUCCUCUUUUUCCCAUAAAACUUUAAUCAAAUUUCUUUUGCCA